AUGCCGAAAAGUCUUAAGAAGACCUCAAAGCAAAUCUCGAAGAAGAGAGGAGGAGAAGUCACAUCUUUACAUGAAAAUUCCCGAGAUUCUCGCAUGUUAAGAAGAGCAGGAGGACGAGAUGAUAAAUUGGACAAGAUGGCAGCUGAGAGAAAGAGACAUAAUCGUCCAAUAUUGGAUCGAGCUCAUUACUUCCAAGAAGCCGUGAAGAAUAACGGUGUAAAGCCACUCGAACUCGAUGCGAUUCAUAGCCUCAUAUCAAUUUUUGUUCACCAAAACGACGAAGAGAUGACUGCUAUAAAGAAGGAACGCCGGCCCGGGCGACCAGCGAGCACAAGAGAGGAUCUUCUAAGGAUCAAAAUAGCGGGAGAUGAGAAGGAAUACGAAAAUGGAUUUUAUCUACCAGAUCUUACCGAUUCGGACAAUGUAAUGGCAUUAGCUUUAUGGGAGAAGUCAACUUGGUCAUAUCUCAACACCUUAAAAUGGGUGCGAUUGUCGAGCAGUGGGCAUAUCCAGGAGACCAAAUUCCCACCCAAAGGAUCUUCAUAG